AUGUCCGUCACCAUCAAGACUGCUCCAGUUCAUGACAAGACAUUCCCCCCCAGUGGGGGUGAACUUGCGCUGGUGUCGUCGGAUGGCGUGGCGUUCGGAGUCACUUCCAAGGUCCUCCGUCAGAGCGACGUGCUCUUCGACAUGGUCCAGCUGCCUGGCACCGCGAGCACGGAUAUCCAGCUUUCCGACACAGAUAUCGAAACCGCCAAAUGUCUCACACUGCUGCUCAAGUUGGCAACAGAGCAUCGCCUGGACAUCAACAACGACCAGUUCUGGGCCGCCGAAGAUGACCUCUUUAGCACACUCCGCCUGGCCAAGAAGUACAGCUUUGACUCCACCUAUUCGCUGGGCAUUAUGUCAUGCUUCGGCCGCCUGUCGCUCAAGUCCGAUUUCCAAGAUGCGCUCCAAGUGUUUCGCUUCGCCGCCCUGCUGGACGAGGAAGAGCUUUCCCAGUGCGCUGUGAAGAUCAUGGUCGACAAACAGCAUUCUCAGUCGGGUAUCAAGGCAUUCGACAGCAAAACUGCCGAAAGGGACGCCGAAUGGGCUGGCGCUGCCAUCAAAGAGAAUUCGCUUGAUAUUGCCACUUGGUCCGUGAAGGAGGCGUCGGCCAUACCUUUUGCGUACUCGUGGGCAUACUCCCGUGCAUGUCGCGCGGCUGCUCUCCCGAAUUACCGCAACACGCCCCGCAAUACCGAAGACAUUCCCGCGCGGUUCAUCAACUUCCUUCAUCUCAUGAAGAGGUGA